AUGGGGGGGACACGUGGGGGCCACAUGGGGACGGGGGACACGAGAGGAGUGACGCGAGCCACCGCAGCUUCUGCUUUCGGGCUGCGGGUGCCGCCCCCCGCGCCCACGCUGGAGACAGAGCUGGGGGCCCCCCCGGGGCUCCGCUGGCUCGACCCCGAGCGCCGGCGCUUCGUCAUCCCCUGGGGACACGCCACCAGGAACCCCCCGGGACCCCAGGAGCACGACACCAUCUUCAAGGCGUGGGCGCAGCCCCGGGUGCUCCCUGGCCCCGCUGACCCCGUGCCCUCCGCAGUGACCGACCUGGAGCUGAAGUUCCAGUACCGGGGCCGGCAGGUCUGCGCCCUGACCGUCAGCAACCCGCACGGCUGCCGGCUGUUCCACAGCAGCCUGGAGCCCACGCGGGAGCAGGAGGAGCUCUUCGGGCCCCUGACGCUGGAGCAGGUGCCCUUCCCCUCUCCCGACGCCAUUCCCAACGAGAAGCAGCGCUUCUACACCCGCCAGCUGCUGGACGUGCUGGACCGAGGGCUCAUCCUGGAGCUCCAGGGCCAGGAUCUCUUCGCCCUCCGCCUCUGCCAGUGCAAGGUCUUCUGGACAGGGCCCUGCGCCGCCCCCCAGCCCGGCCCCAACCCCAUCCAGAGGGAGACAAGGACCAAGCUCUUCAGCCUCGAGGGCUUCCUCAACGGCCUCAUCCAGUUCCAGAAGGGGCAGACCCCCACCCCGCCCCCCUUUGAGAUCUUCCUCUGCUUCGGCGAGGAGUGGCCGGACCAGAAGCCCAAAGAGAAGAAGCUGAUCACGGUGCAGGUGGUGCCGGUGGCGGCGCGGCUGCUGCUGGAGAUGUUCUCCGGGGAGCUGUCCUGGUCGGCCGACAGCAUCCCGCUGCAGAUCUCGCACCCCGACCAAGUCCGUCCGGCCCGUGUCGUCUCGGGGAGUCGGCAGCAGGCAGGCCAUGGUGGGCUCAGGGGGGCAGCGCCCCACGACCCCCAGACUGACCCCCCAUCUUCCUAA